ACUCAGAGUGUAGACCUGAGAGCAAAGAUUCAACUUCAGUGCAAGAUUUUUCCAAAGAAGCAUCAUGUCAGGUUGCAAUAAUAGACAGACUGACAGAAAAUAGUGUCUAUGAUACCAGCUUGAAAACAACUCUUGAAUGUGAAAAUUUGUUAGAGAAGCAGCAAGGAAAUCAGGGAAGACACUUAAGAGAAAUGUUCACCUACAUUAAUUCACUCCCUGAAGAAAGAGCUCAUGAUCAUGAUGUAUAUUGGAAAAGCUUUAGUCCGAAGUCUGUCCUUCUCACUCAAGACAGAGUUCCAAAAGGAUCCUAUGCCUUUCAUACACUUGAAAAGAGAUUGAAACAGAAAUCAAGUUUAAGGAAAAAGCAGAGAACCUAUAAAGAGAAAAAACCUCAUAAAUGUAAUGAUUGUGGUGAACUAUUCACUUACCAUUCAGUGCUUAUUCGACACCAGAGAGUCCAUACUGGAGAGAAACCCUAUAGCUGCGAUGAAUGUGCGAAAUCUUUUAGCCACAGAGCUAAUUUAACUAAACAUCAGAGAACUCAUACUAGAAUUCUCUUUGAGUGCAGUGAAUGCAAGAAAGCCUUUACAGAAAGCUCGUCCCUUGCAAUACAUCAGAGAAUUCACAUUGGAGAGAGACCUUAUGAAUGUAGUGAAUGUGGGAAAGGAUUUAAUCGAAGUACACAUCUUGUACAGCAUCAGUUGAUCCAUACUGGGGUGAAGCCUUACGAAUGUAAUGAAUGUGAUAAAGCUUUCAUUCAUUCCUCAGCACUCAUCAAACAUCAAAGAACUCAUACUGGAGAGAAACCCUAUAAAUGUCAGGAAUGUGGGAAAGCUUUUAGCCAUUGCUCAUCCCUCACUAAACAUCAGAGAGUUCAUACUGGAGAAAAGCCAUAUGAAUGUAGUGAAUGUGGGAAAACCUUUAGUCAGAGCACACAUCUUGUUCAACAUCAAAGAAUUCACACUGGAGAGAAACCCUAUGAGUGUAACGAAUGUGGGAAAACCUUCAGCCGGAGUUCAAAUUUUGCUAAACAUCAAAGAAUUCAUAUUGGAAAGAAACCAUACAAAUGUAAUGAAUGUGGUAAAGCCUUUAUUCAUUCAUCAGCUCUUAUUCAACACCAGAGAACUCAUACUGGAGAGAAACCCUAUAGAUGUAAUGAAUGUGGGAAAAGCUUUAAGUGCAGUUCAUCCCUCAUCAGACAUCAAAGAAUCCAUACACAAGAGCAACCCUGAAAAAUUAUUAAAUGUGAAGAAAUGAUCCCAGUCAAGAAACAUAACUGAAGCACCUGUGAGACGCAAGGACAUAUCUUUCUGUCAAAUAUGGAAAAUCGCUCACAGGACAAUGACUCACUUGAGGAUAAACAGCUUUCCUCUAUGAAGAAGUUGGCCAUUUCUCUGACCUUCAUGUUUACCCACAUGGUUUGUUCCUAUUCUCUCUACAUGAUGUAUCCCAGAAUCCUAAAGAAAAUUGAAAUGGCAUAAAAUCACAUGAUAUAUUGACAUACUUACAUGGGUGACCAAAGACCACUAAUGGGAUAAGGAACACAAAAGUGCUCAAAUAUCUAGCAAAACACUAUACAAAUGUCAGGUUUUUUUGUUACUCUGUUACAUAUUGUGUGAAAAGAUUUUAAAGUAGAGGAAAAAGUAGUUACAGAUUUCUUCUUCCCUUCUAAAUUCUUUUAUGAACAUUCAGCACCACCAGUCCAUGUUUUUGCCCCCUCCAAACUAUCCCUGCGACAUGUAAUUGCCCCUCUGUAGACUUCUAUUAUUGAAGAUGAAUAGGAGAAUAAAAUUUUAAAAAGUGGUGGUAAUAGAGAGCAAGAUUACUAAGGAUGGAUUGAGCAUAAAUCCAGCAAUGAUGGAUAUCAAACAAUAUGAAAGAAAUGGGACUGAAAAAUUCUUGUAAAGAAUUUUAAAAAACACAUUGAAAGGGGUUGAGAAGAUUGGGAAGGCUCAAGGUCUCAGAGGUCAGGGUAGGAGAAUGGCUGAUGAGCAAAAUAAAGGAAAGGGAGCUCAACCCUUUUCAUCACUUUAAUAUUCUAUAUUGAUCUAAAGCAGGAAUUGACAAACUGGCCUGCACCCACAGACCAAGUUCAUCUGCUAUUUCUGUGAAUGUUUAAUUGGAAUACAGCCACACACAUUCAUUUACAUGUUUUGUUUGGCUAUUUUAUACUAUAAUGGCAGAGUUGAGUAGUUGCAGCAGAGAGCAUAUAGCCUGAAAAAUCCUAAAAUACUUGCUAUUUCUCAAUAUGCCAAAUGCUUGAGUGAAAAGUGAAUGCAUCAUUUGGGGGCCAAAAUUCGACUAACAAAAUAACAUCAACAUGGGCUUUUCAAAGCUGGGUUUUAAUUCUGCCAUCUCUGUUUAGAAUUAUGUGGCCUUGAAAAGGACCUGGAACAAUAAAUUAUAUAGAGUCUUCUCUCUCCCUCUACCACACCUUCUCUCGAUAUGUGUACACACACAAACACACAUUUUAAUGAAGUGACGUCUUAGUUCAUUUGGGCUGCUAUACAACAUUCAAUUAUCACAGUUCUGGAAACUAGGAAGUCCAAGCUCAAGGCCCUGGCAGAUUCGGUGUCUGGUGUGAAAGGGCAUUUUUUGAGGGGACACAGACAUUCAGUCUAUAGCAAGUAGCUAAGCAUCCAUCAGAAAUUAAGAAUGAGCAUCUCCCACCCCUUCCAUUUGCUAAUUAAGAACUAUAUGCAUCCUGCCAUCAGCUCAUGAUAGAGAAGGGGCUUCACUUUCUACUCUUGCUUCUAUCUGGUACUGGACCUACACACUCCCUUUUAGACCUGGAGGAAUCUGCUUUUUUGCCUUCUGAGUACCACUUAGCCAGGAGCUAUCUGGCAGUUCUAAAGACUCAAGUUUGUAAUCUAAAGGCAGUUUAAGUGCUGUUAAAGGAUUUGCUAUGUUUUACUGAGAACUCUGGCCCUUUGCAUUUCAGUAUUUGUUCUUUUUAUACCUGGUGUUCAAUCUGACUGUGUGUUUAUACCUUAACAUGAAUCUUGGAAGUUUUAGCAGUCUGCUUUUCAAAUAUUUUUUGUUACCUAUAAGCUAAAUUUGACUGCUCUUAUUGGCCCACUCUCAAUAAAGAUGUUUAUAUAUUUAUUGUCAGAAA